GUCGACGGAUUCGGCUGGUUUGCGUGAAAAAGUAGUGAAGCAUUUAUUCAGAAUUUGCACGCGCCAGCAGUUACCAAAAGGUGAUAAAAAGCCAUUCGUAAGCUCGAAGAUUGUGCGGUAGUGGAGUUUUAUAAGUUACCCAGUUGGUAGACCUAGAAAAAGCAGAAACAGAACGAAUAAAACAUGGCUGCCAGUGCAAGCGGUGAUAAAGCAGCGGAUGAUUCACUUUAUCCGAUUGCUGUUUUGAUCGAUGAGUUGAAGAAUGAGGAUAUUCAGCUACGCCUGAAUUCGAUCAAGAAACUAUCGACCAUCGCGCUAGCUCUGGGCGAGGAGCGCACCCGUACCGAGCUGCUUCCGUUCCUGACCGAGUCCAUCUACGACGAAGAUGAGGUCCUGCUGGCGUUGGCCGAACAGCUGGGAAACUUCAUCCCACUGGUGGGCGGUCCCGAGUACGCGAUGUAUCUCAUUCCGCCGCUCGAAUCGCUGGCCACCGUCGAGGAGACGGUCGUGCGGGAGAAAGCGGUCGAAUCGUUGCGUACCGUAGCCGGACAGCACAGUGCGCAGGAUUUGGAGGUACACCUUGUACCGACGCUCCAGCGUCUGGUGUCAGGCGACUGGUUCACAUCCCGCACGUCCGCCUGCGGUCUGUUCUCGGUGUGCUAUCCGCGGGUGUCGGCGGCCGUGAAGGCGGAGCUGCGAAACAACUUCCGCACCCUCUGCCAGGACGAGACGCCGAUGGUGCGUCGGGCCGCCGCUGGCAAGCUCGGCGAGUUCGCCAAGGUCGUUGAGAUCGAGUACCUCAAGUCGGAUCUGAUCACCAUGUUCGUGCAGAUGGCUCAGGAUGAGCAGGAUUCCGUACGUCUGCUGGCCGUGGAAGCUUGCGUCAGCAUCGCCCAGCUGCUCCCACAGGACGAGGUUGAACUGAAUGUAAUGCCAACACUGCGUCAAUGUGUUAACGACAACUCCUGGCGUGUGCGAUACAUGGUGGCGGAAAAGCUGACCGAUCUGCAGAAGGCCGUCGGGCAGGAGAUCACCAAAAACGACCUGGUUUCGGCAUUCCAGUUCCUGCUGAAGGACAGCGAGGCGGAGGUGCGCGCUUCUGCCGCCACGAAGGUGACAGAGUUCUGCUCGAACCUCGACAAGGCUUGCCAGGAGCAGAUCAUCAUGACCUCGAUUCUGCCGUGCGUGAAGGAGCUGGUGGCCGACCCGAACCAGCACGUCAAGUCGGCACUGGCGUCGGUCAUCAUGGGUCUCAGUCCGAUCGUGGGCCGUAAUAACACGAUCGAACACCUGUUGCCCCUGUUCCUGGUGCAGCUGAAGGACGAGUGGCCCGAGGUGCGCCUCAACAUUAUCUCAACGCUGGACUGCAUCAACGACGUGAUCGGCAUCCAGCAGCUGUCCCAGUCGCUGCUUCCGGCCAUCGUCGAGCUGGCCGAGGACACCAAGUGGCGCGUGCGUCUGGCCAUCAUCGAGUACAUGCCGUUGCUGGCCGGACAGCUCGGGCAGGAGUUCUUCAAUCAGAAGCUGCGCGACCUGUGCUUCAACUGGCUGAACGACCAUGUGUACGCGAUCCGCGAGGCGGCCACACUCAACAUGAAGAAGAUCGUGCAAACGUUCGGCACACAGUGGGCCGAAACGAACAUCAUCAAUCAGAUUUUGGUCAUGGUUAAAAACAGCAACUAUCUGCACCGAAUGACCUGCUUGUUCUGUAUCAACGCGCUCGCCGACGUUUGUGGCGCGGACAUCAUCGAGCGGCUGUUCCUUCCGACCAUCAAAGUAUUAUCGACCGAUCCGGUAGCGAACGUGCGCUUCAACGUGGCCAAAACGCUACAGAAGCUGUCGCCAUUCCUCGACCAGGCCGCCAUCGACGAGCACGUGAAGCCGAUCCUGGAGAAGCUGAACACCGACACCGAUGUGGACGUUAAAUACUUUGCCUCGGAAGCGAUGGUCGGCAUUGCCGCAGCCUAAAUCAACACAUUUGAUGCGAGAGUGAAGUGAAGACAGGGAGAAACAGAGUGGGAACGGGGAGGGGGAAAUAUCUACAUGGCAGUUGAGAUAAUUUAAGAAGGAGGGCAUGGCUAAGAUGAAUUUUGCCCAAGUAGAUCAAACACACAUCAUUUGCGUAAAGAAGGGCAGACUUUUUCAAUGGCAAGAAUUAGCGCAACUUGUUUUUCCUUUCAAAACAGAUGUCUACUUCCAAGAAGAAAUAGAACGAAAUGAAUGGGGUCUUUGCGUCAACGUGUACGAGCACAAGAAGUAUCCUUGAUAAGGACGAUAGAGAGACGAUGGUCGAAGGAGGAAGACAUAAUGUUGUUGUCGUUGUUUGGAAGCAGCACUUUUUCUCGGCUGCAAAUGCCAUUUCCGUUUCAGUUUGGUUGACCUCUUAGUAGCUUUCGUGUGGAAAACCAUCCGGGAAAAGGUAGUAUAGUGCUUGGUGAAAGCAAUUAGCAUGAACGUAUUAGCUUGGAAGGGUCACGGAAAAGGGGGGCGCAUUUGCUCGCACACUCACACACAAUACACAACAGCAUACAAAUCACCAUAUAGGGGAUGGAUGAUGGGUUUCCCUUCAAUUACAUUUUUCCUCCUUCACGCAACUUUCUCUUUUCGAUUCCGAGGGAAAUGGGUUUUGUAAUUUGUUGUAGAAGCGAAAACCGCCAUUGCUACUUACACUUGGUUUUGUUGGCGGUUAGUUUUUUUCCAUUUUAAAAUUGUAAAAGAUUCUUGCUCUAGGAUCUUGUUUUGUUAGACAUCGCACGAAGUUCGCAAAACCCCUUAGUUAUUGGGUGGAAUGGAACAGCUAAAUUCGUACACACGAACAAAGAAUCUACUGUGAGCUGAACUGAAGGAUUAUCGUUUUUUUCGUGCAUAAUUUUCCUGUGUCUUCUGUUGGAAGAGUAGGAAAGUGGAAAACAAUUCAGUAGAGGCGAUUAAAGAAGGGAGCGAAGUUACAGCGCAGUGUGCAUUACAGUGAAAGAGUUGUUCUUCUGAUAUUCGAAAAUAACUGCUUACUACUUCUUCUUUAAUACUUUAGUUUAACCUAUGACUACAAAUAAAUAUUAAUAAUUAUAAAUAUAUACAUAUAAAACAUAUUGUGGUAGAGGGGUGUGCUAAGAGAGAACAAAGUUGAACCCGAGCAAAGCACAUUCAUACACAACAAAAACACACUAGAACACUCACAUCGUCGUGUAUCUGGAGAGGAAAAAUCUAGGAAUAAAGUAAAUAAGAAACACACGGCUUGUGUUUUUCGAAUGUA